GUUAUUUUUGUUAUUUUCCCCCGGUCUAGUCUGCUCGGCGAGCGAUUUAAUUAACAUUUUCUGUGCGCCGCUGUUGUUCCUGUUUCUUUUUCAGUGAAAUGCGGCACUAAAAUGUAAAUGCGAGCGAGGAACCGAACGAGAAUCGAGUGAACGAUAGAAAUUGGAACCCAACUUAAAAGGCCGCGAACUCGGGGUGAAGGUCGAUUCGAUGACUAUGUUUUGGCACCAAAAUGUAGAUCAACAGCCGGAUGAACAGGACAAACAGCCAAAGAGCUCCUCUCCCACGAGGAGGCUGAACAUCAGCUUUAAUGUGAAGAUUGCGGUGAAUGUGAACACCAAGAUGUCCACCACCCACAUAAAUCAGAAUCAGCAGCCCAGCAGCUCCGCCUCCGCCGAGAAGUCGCCCAGCAAGAUUGUGGUCCACCAGCAGAGCAGCACCUUCGAUCUCCGCCAGCAGUUGGCCCGCUUGGGCCGCCAGUUGGCCAGCGGUCAGGAUGGCCACGGCGGCAUAUCCACAAUCCUGAUCGUCAACCUCCUCCUGCUGAUCCUCCUCUCGAUCUGCUGCGACGUCUGCCGCUCCCACAACUACUCGCUUCAUCAGAGUCCCGAGCCCGUGGCCAAGGACCAGAUGGGCCUGCUGCGUCCCAAGCUGGACAGCGAUGUGGUGGAGAAGGUGGCCAUCUGGCACAAGCACGCCGCCGCAGCGCCGCCCAGCAUUGUCGAGGGCAUCGCCAUCAGCAGUGGCGGGUCCCGGGCCAAGGAUCUCCCACCCCCAGAGGAUCCCCAUCCCCAUUCGCAUCCUGCGGAGGAGCAGCACGGAGUCGACGAGCGGGUGGUCCUCGAACGCGUCACAAGGGACUGUGUCCAGCGGUGCAUUGUUGAGGAGGAUCUGUUUCUGGACGAGUUUGGGAUACAAUGCGAGAAGGCGGACAACGGCGAGAAGUGCUACAAAACACGAUGCACCAAGGGCUGUGCCCAGUGGUAUCGCGCCCUCAAGGAGCUGGAAUCCUGCCAGGAGGCCUGUAUGUCGCUGCAGUUCUACCCCUUCGACAUGCCCUGCAUCGGUGCCUGCGAGAUGGCCCAGCGGGACUACUGGCACCUCCAGCGCCUGGCCAUCAGUCACCUGGUGGAGCGGACGCAGCCCCAGCUGGAGCGGGCACCGCGGGCGGACGGACAGACCACGCCGCUCACCAUCCGCUGGGCGAUGCACUUUCCGGAGCACUACCUGGCCAGCCGGCCAUUCAACAUUCAGUACCAGUAUGUGGAUCAGCAGAAGCAGGAGCAGAAAGCCGGGCAGGAGGACCAGGUGGCCAGUUCCUGGUUCAAUCUAGCUGACUACGACUGCGAUGAGUAUUACGUCUGCGAGAUUCUGGAGACCCUCAUUCCCUACACCCAGUACAGGUUCCGCUUCGAGCUGCCCUUUGGCGAGAACAUGAACGAGGUGCUCUACUCCCCGGCCACGCCCGCCUAUCAGACGCCCCCCGAGGGCGCCCCCAUCUCGGCGCCGGUCAUCGAGCACCUGCUGGGCCUGGACGGCAGCCACCUGGCGGUCCACUGGCAUCCGGGACAGUUCACCAACGGACCCGUCGAGGGAUACCGCCUGCGCUUGAGCCACGCAGAGGGAAACCGCACAACCGAGCAGCUGGUUCCGUCGGGACGUGGCAGCUUCAUCUUCUCCCAGCUGCAACCGGGAACCAACUAUUCCCUGGAACUGACGAUGAUCAACAAGCAGGGCGAGGGUCCGGUGGCCAGGGGCUUUGCGCAGACGCUCUCCUCCGGCAGCGAUAAGCCAGUGAAGGAUCUAACCGAAGCUGUCCUGCUGGCCGGACGAAGGGCUGUGAUGUGGCAAUCGCUGGAACCCUCGGGGGAGAGCUCGAUGAUCUACCAGUCGCAGGAGGAACUGGCCGAUGUGGCCUGGUCCCAGCAGACGCAACAAUUGUGGCUCCUCGAUGUCCAUGGGGAAGUGCGGAGCCUGAAAUUUGAUUCCGGACAGAUGGUGAGUCCGGCCCAGAAACUUAAGCUGCAACUGGGAAACAUUUCAGCCAGUGAACGAUGGAUUCCUCGCCGACUGAGCUUCGACUGGUUGCGUCAUCGCCUCUACUUCGCUGUGGAGUCACUGGAUCGAAACCAAUCCAAGUACCAGAUAAUCAGCACAGAUUUGGAGGGCGGAACAGCAGAGGAGGCGGGCGAAUCCUUCGAUCUGCCCGUUGAGCAGCUGGAGGUGGAUGCCCUGAAUGGCUGGAUCUUCUGGCGCAACGAGGAGGCCCUGUGGCGUCGGGAUUUGCAUGGUGGACUGGGCUACCGCCUGGUGAGGAUUAGGCAGCCCGGUUGGUUCAUCCUGCGGCCGCAACACUUUCUCCUUCGCCUGAUGCUGCCGCAGGAGGAUAGAUUCCUGGAGAUGAGCUACGAUGGAGGGUUCAAGCAGCCACUGCCGUUGCCGGGAGCCUCCUCCUCCGCCUGGCAAUCCUUUGCCCUGCUGGGUGGCUCCCUGCUCCUGCCGGAGCCCAGCCAGCUGAUACUGAUGAAGGAGGAGGGAGUGCCGAGUGCCUCCUGGCCACUGAGGAACUCGGUGCCCGAUUGCUUUUCCCUGAUUCUCCUAAUCCCCGAGCAACAACCGCUGACCAAUGCAAAUCCCGGCCAGCCGCACAGCUUGAAGGCUUUGCUGGGCGCCCAGGAGGCAAAGAUCUCGUGGAAGGAACCCGAAACCAAUCCCUAUCAAUCACCCGAUGCCGCCCGCAACUGGAGCUACGAACUGGAGGUUCUCGAUGUGGCCAGUCAGAGUGCCUUUAGCAUUCGGAAUAUCCGAGGAGCCUUCUUCGGUUUGCAGCGCCUUCAGCCGGAUAAUCUCUACCAGCUGCGGGUGAGGGUCAUCCGCGGGGAUGGAGAACCAGGCGAGUGGACAGCUCCUUUGGCGGCACGCACCUGGCCAUUGGGACCGCAUAGGUUGAGGUGGUCCAGCCGGCAGGGCGAAAUCCUGCUCACCAACGAACUGGGAGCUCCAAUCUCUGGAGGAUUGCAACCAGAGCAGUUGGAUAACCAACCUGGACCCAUGGUUAUGUUAAACGAAAGCAUUGGCUACUAUGUGAGUGGCCAGGGGCGGCUGCACUGCAUCCAAAUCCAGCAGCAGCGAUGUCCCAAUGCGGAGCCACUGCAUCAUGUGGGCUCGGUGACCUACGAUUGGCGUGGUGGCCUAUUGUAUUGGACAGAUCUGGGCAGGAACUGCGUGGUGCGCAUGGAUCCCUUGUCAGGCAGUCGGGAACUCCUGCCCAUCUUUGAUUCCCGCUCCUUGGCCGUGGAUCCCCGCCAGGGUCACCUCUACUAUGCCACCAGUUCGCAACUUUCCCGCCAUGGUUCGAGUCCCGAGGAGGCGGUGUCCUACUAUCGAGUGAAUGGACUGGAGGGCAGCAUUGCCUCCUUUGUUCUCGACGCUCAGCAAGAUCAGCUUUAUUGGCUCGUCGGUGGUGGCGGCAUCCUGCGUCUCUAUCGAGCUCCUUUGACCUCCAGUCGGGAUGCACUGCAGUUGCUUCGGGAGAUUCAAGGAGAAGGUGCUGUCCCCCAGAGUUUGCAGCUCCUGCGUCCACUGGGUGCUCUUCUCUGGCUGGAAAGCAGUGGCUCACGUGGUUGCCUGGUUCGCCUGGCUGCUCCGCAGGAUGUGAUGGAACUGCCCACUCCGGAGGAAGUCUCUCCCGCUUCUGCCCUCCAAUUAUUGGAGGAGCAAGCCAUUUCCCCGCCUGAUGAGGGAGUAAUUCCACUGAAAGUAGCCGCGGAUUCAGUGCGUCUGGAUGAGGGGCACUGGGAUGACUUCCAGGUGCGCUGGCAGCCUUCCACUUGCGGUGGCAACCACAGCAUCUCGUAUCGCCUGCUCCUCGAGUUUGGCCAGCGGCUGCAGACCCUCGAUCUGACCACUCCCUUUGCCAGGAUCACCCAUCUUCCGCAGGCUCAGCUGCAGCUGAGGAUCAGCAUCACGCCGCGCACCGCCUGGCGGAGAGGAGCCACCACCAGGGUGCAGUUGAUCACACCGCCGGCGGCUCCCAGUCAGCCGCGUCGCCUGCGGGUCUUUGUGGAGCGAUGGGCCACUGCCCUCCAGGAGACGAACGUGAGUGCCCUGCUCCGCUGGGAUGCCCCCGAGCAGACGGGCAGUGAGUCGAGCAAUCUGGAGUACCACAUCAGCUGCUGGCUGGGCGAGCACGAGCUGCACGAGGAGCUCAAGCUCAACCAGAGCGCUCUGGAGGCUCGCGUGGAGCACCUGCAGCCGGAUCGCACCUAUCACUUCCAAGUGGAGGCCCGGGUGGCGGCCACAGGAGCUCCCGCAGGAGCAGCCAGUCAUGCUCUCCAUGUGGCUCCCGAGGUUCAGGCAGUUCCGCGACUCCUCUACGCAAAUGCCGAGUUCAUUGGAGAACUCGAUUUGGACACAAGGAAUCGCCGGCGACUGGUGCACACGGCCAGUCCCGUGGAGCAUCUGGCGGUGAUCGAGGGCGAGCAGCGACUGCUGUGGGUCAACGAGCAUGUGGAGCUGCUCACCCAUAUACCAGGAGCCUCGCCCGCCAAGCUGGCCAGGAUGCGGGCCGAGGUCCUCGCGCUCACCGUCGACUGGGUGCAGCGGAUUGUCUACUGGGCGGAAGUGGAUGCAAAUGGCCAGUCGGUGGUCAUCUAUCGCCUGGAUUUGUGCAACUUCCAAGGCAAAAUCCUGCAGGGCGAAAGGAUGUGGAGCACGCGGAAGGGUCGCCUGCUGAGGGAUCUGGUGGCCCUGCCCCAUUCCCGCUCCCUCAUCUUUCUGGAGUACGAGCAGGGAUCGCCGCGCAAUGGUUCGCUGCGUGGCAGGAAUCUCACGGAUGGCUCGGAGCUGCAGCUUCACCUGACCACCGGUCAGCCGGUGAUUCGUCUGCAUGCCGGCAGCUUGGAACCGGGCGCGGAGACCCUCAACCUGGUGGAUCAGCAGGGCAAGCUAUGCGUCUACGAUGUGGCCCGCCAGCUGUGCACCGCCAGCAGUGCGUUGCGGAGUCUUAGUUUGGGCGAGGAGCAACUGGCUCAGGAUUCGGGCUAUCUGUAUGCUAUGAAGAACUACAGCAUUCGUGCUUAUAGUCGCCGCCGGCAGCAGUUGGAGUACACGGUGGAGUUGGAACCGGAGGAAGUGCGUCUGCUGCAGGCCCACAACUAUCAGGGAUAUCCGAACAGGAGCUGCCUGCUAUUGCCCCUGGCUAUGGGAUCCUCCCUCCUGCAAUCCGAGGCUUGCGAGGAGCAGGGCUGUCGAGUGAGUCUCCCUGAUAUCCAUGCCUCCCCCGAUUGCCCACUUCCCGUGCCUGGCAUCCGCUAUCAAUUGAAUCUCACGCUGGAAUCGGAGGAUGAGCCCCUUGGUCAGUGGCUGCUGGCAGCGGGGGAUACCCUGAAUCUAACCAAUCUCCUGCCCUUCACCCGCUAUCGAAUAGAGGGCAUCCUAAGCAGCUACUACCAAACGAAGCUGGGAUUACCUAGCCUCGCUGUGCCGCCCCUGGAGCUCCUCACCGCCCCUGCCACGCCCACGGCUCCCAGGAACUUUAGCGUACGCGUGCUGAGCCCAAGGGAACUGGAGGUCAGCUGGUUGAAACCAGAGCAGCUGAGGAGUGAGAGUGUCUACUACAUGCUUCAUUGGCAAAGGGAUAAGGAUCGAGAUGAUGAUGAUGAGCAGGAGGAGCAGGAGGAAAACGAACGCCGCAUUGAGUUACCCGGCAGCCAUCGGUUGACCGGAAUCAGGCCAGGAUCUGGCUACCAUCUGUGGGUCUUGGCCCAUGCCACGCCCACCAAAAGCAACAGCAGUGGGCGGUUGCAUGUGCGCAGCUUCUCGGAGCUACCGGAACUGCAGCUCCUGGAGCUGGGACCCUACUCCCUCAGCCUCACCUGGGCGGGCACACCGGAUCCGCUGGGAUCCCUGCAACUGGAGUGCCGUUCGCCGGGCGAGCAACUGCGUCGCAAUGUGGUGGGCAACCAUACGCGCAUGGUGCUUGAGCCACUGCAGCCACGUACCCGGUACCAGUGCCGCCUGCUCCUUGGAUAUGCGGCCACCCCGGGUGGUCCACUCUACCAGGGGCAGGCGGAGAUCUACGAGACGCUCGGGGAUGCACCCAGUGCGCCGGGCAGGCCGCAGCUGGAGCACAUUGCCGAGGAGGUGUUCCGCGUCACCUGGACAGCGGCGAGGGGCAACGGAGCACCCAUUGCCCUGUACAAUCUGGAGGCUCUGCAGGCGAGGAGCGAAAGGAGGAGGAGAAGGAGGCGCAGGCGGAGGAGCAGCAAUGGAUCGCUAGAGCAGCUGCCGUGGGCCGAGGAGCCGCUGGUCGUGGAGGAUCAGUGGCUGGACUUUUGCAACACCACCGAGCUGAGCUGCAUCGUAAAGAGCCUGCACUCGAGCCGGCUGCUCCUGUUCCGGGUGCGGGCGAGGAGUCUGGAGCACGGAUGGGGUCCCUACAGCGAGGAGAGCGAGCGGGUGGCGGAGCCCUUUGUGUCGCCCGAGAAGCGCGGAUCCCUCGUCCUGGCCAUCAUCGCGCCGGCGGCCAUCGUUUCCAGCUGCGUCCUGGCAUUGGUCCUUGUGAGAAAAGUUCAAAAGCGUCGCCUGCGGGCCAAGAAACUGCUCCAGCAGAGCCGUCCCAGCAUCUGGAGCAACCUGUCCACCCUGCAGACGCAGCAGCAGCUCCUGGCCGCCCGGAAUAGAGCCUUCUCCACAACGCUGAGCGACGCGGACAUCGCCCUGCUGCCCCAGAUCAAUUGGAGCCAACUGAAGUUGCUCCGAUUCCUGGGCAGCGGAGCCUUUGGCGAGGUCUACGAGGGUCAGUUGCAGACGGAGGACUCCGAGGAGCCACAGCGAGUGGCCAUCAAGAGCCUGCGAAAGGGAGCCAGCGAGUUUGCCGAGCUUCUGCAAGAGGCCCAGCUGAUGAGCAACUUCAAGCACGAGAACAUCGUCUGUCUGGUGGGGAUCUGCUUCGACACCGAGUCCAUUUCCCUAAUCAUGGAGCACAUGGAGGCCGGCGAUCUGCUUAGCUACCUGCGUGCCGCUCGAGCCACCAGCACACAGGAACCGCAACCCCUGGCGGGUCUCUCGCUCUCCGAGCUCCUGGCCAUGUGCAUCGACGUGGCCAAUGGGUGCAGUUACCUGGAGGACAUGCACUUCGUGCAUCGCGACCUGGCCUGCCGGAACUGUUUGGUCACGGAAUCGGCGGCCGGGACGGAUCGACGGCGAACGGUGAAGAUCGGGGACUUCGGACUGGCGCGGGACAUCUACAAGAGCGACUAUUACCGGAAGGAGGGCGAGGGCCUGCUCCCGGUGCGCUGGAUGUCGCCGGAGAGCCUGGUGGAUGGGAUCUUCACCACCCAGUCGGACGUCUGGGCCUUCGGGGUCCUCUGCUGGGAGAUCCUCACCCUGGGCCAGCAGCCAUAUGCGGCGAGGAAUAACUUUGAGGUUUUGGCCCACGUCAAGGAGGGCGGACGCCUCCAGCAGCCGCCCAUGUGCCCGGAAAAGCUCUAUGCCCUCCUCCUGCUCUGCUGGCGAACGGAUCCGUGGGAGCGGCCCAGUUUCCGGCGCUGCUUCAGCACUCUGCAUGCCAUCAGUACCGAUCUCCGGCGCAGCCAAAUGGCAUCCAGUCCAGACUCGGUUCCAAGUUCCAAGCCGGAAUCGAAAGUGCGAUUCGAUGGACAGGACUCGCAGGAGAAGAUCGAACAGGCGGAGAAUCUCUCGCUGCGGGAAGUGCCGCUGAAGGAUAAACAACAACUGUAUGCCAACGAGGGAAUUUCCCGGCUUUAAACGAGGAUUUCCCAGCUCAAACGAUCUAGCUUUUCGAUUAAUUUAAGGUUAACUUUAGCU